UCAUUCCAAUUAAUAUAUCAAAACAAACAAUUUUAACAUCAAUCUCAAGGCCUCUCUCUCUCUCUGCUUUAAGAGUGAUUAGAGUAUGGACAAUGAGGAAAUCCCAUCAGUACCUUCUACCCCUGCAACACCAGGUACUCCUGGUGCUCCUCUUUUUGGUGGCUUCAGGUCUGAGAGAACUGGAAAUGGUAGAAAGAACUCACUCCUCAAGAAUUUAAAAUGUUUUAGUGUUGAAGAUUGGACUUUGGAAGAUGGAGCCUUACCUAAAGUCACUUGCUCUUUACCUCCCCCUCCUGUCCCUCUUGCCAAAAAGGUUGGAGCUGAGUUUAUAGGCACAUACAUUCUAAUGUUUGCUGGAAUAGCCACUGCAAUUGUGAACCAAAAGAUACAUAACUCAGAAACACUAAUUGGAUGUGCUGGAGCAACUGGACUUGCUGUUAUGAUCAUAAUAUUAUCAACCGGUCACAUUUCCGGUGCUCAUCUUAAUCCGGCUGUCACGAUUUCAUUUGCUGCAUUAAAACACUUCCCCUGGAAAAAUGUACCUUUGUAUAUUGCUGCACAAGUUUUGGCAUCAAUAUGUGCUUCAUUUACUUUGAAAGGGGUUUUUCAUCCAUUUAUGAGUGGUGGUGUCACGGUUCCUUCAGUUGAAUAUGGCCAAGCUUUUGCUUUAGAGUUUAUCAUCAGCUUUAAUCUCAUGUUUGUUGUCACUGCAGUGGCCACCGACACAAGAGCUGUGGGAGAACUUGCGGGAAUCGCGGUGGGAGCCACUGUCAUGCUCAACAUACUCAUUGCUGGGCCUGCAACUGGAGCUUCAAUGAAUCCAGUAAGAACAUUAGGACCAGCAAUUGCUGCAAACAACUACAAAGGCAUAUGGUUAUAUCUCAUAGCCCCUAUUCUUGGUGCCCUUGGUGGGGCAGGUGCUUACACUGCUGUUAAGCUUCCUGAUGAAGAGUUUAACUCUGAGGUAAAAGCCUCUUCUGCCCCUGGAAGUUUCAGAAGAUGAUGAUGAUCUUCCACAAGGUUGCAAUAUAUAAGAUCUAAGAAUACCUCUUAAUUAAUUAGAAUCUUUGUAUGAUAGUAUAUAAAUACAUUAUAGUUUGUAAUUAAAAAAGAAUGAGUGAGUACUGCAUUGAUGCCUCCCUAGCUAGCUGCAUAUGCACACAUUGUAAUAAAUACACCACUUUGAUAAACAUAAAUCAGUGCUGUUUUUUGUACAUAUAUGUUCAUGUUUAAUUAGUUGUGUAACAUUAUCCCAAAAAAA